AUAAGGUCUCAGCUUCCUUUACCCCUCUUUAUCUCUAGACUAGAAACACUAGAGAGAAUCGAAACCAUACAUAUUUACUAUAAACCUGUAUACAUAACUAAUACUCCUGGUAUAUAGGAAGUGAGAGGGAUAUAUAUAUAUAUAUGAGAACGAGGGCCAGGAUUUGUUCUCUAAAACUGGACAUGUAUUCGGAAAGCGCUGUAAAUCAAAGAGAAAGAGAUUCCGCCGGAGAACUCAAAAUUUGCCGGAAACGCCGGAGGGUUUCGCCGGAGACUGCCGGAAAAUGUGAUUUAUUCGACGCCUUGCCUGAUGAUCUAGUCCUCUUUAUCCUCUCCAAACUCAGCUCCUCCGCCACCUGUCCACCGGAUUUUACCACCGUUUUGAUAACAUGCAAGAGAUUAAAUUGGUUGGGACUUCAUUCCAUGGUCCUAUCAAAAGCUUCAACUAAAAUGCUCGCCGUUUCAGCCAAAAACUGGUCCGAGUCGGCUCACCGAUUCCUCAAACAGUGUGCCGAUUCCGGCAACGUUGAAGCCAGCUACACUCUCGGCAUGAUUCGUUUCUACUGUUUGCAGAACCGGGGGAGCGGAGCCUCGCUAAUGGCCAAGGCGGCGAUUAAUUCGCACUCGCCGGCGCUCUACUCCCUGGCGGUGAUUCAGUUCAACGGCAGCGGCGGCUCGAAGAACGACAAGGACCUCCGAGCCGGCGUGGCCCUUUGCGCCCGAGCCGCCUACCUCGGCCACAUCGACGCCCUCCGCGAGCUUGGCCACUGCCUCCAGGACGGCUACGGCGUCCGCCAGAACAUCGCCGAGGGCCGCCGGUUCCUCGUCCAAGCCAACGCCCGCGAACUCGCCACUGCCCUCACCGCCCGCUCGUGGCUCGCGUGGAACCCACUCGCCAGCCACCGCCACGUCUCCGGCUCCUCCGCCGCCGCAACGUCUCCGGCUGCUGCUGCCUGUCCGUUGCUCAGCGACUUCGGCUGCAACGUGCCGGCGCCGGAGGCGCACCCGGCCAGCCAGUUCAUGACGGAGUGGUUCGCGGCUCGGGGCGGCGAGCCGGGUCCAGGUCUCCGGCUGUGCUCGCACGUGGGGUGCGGGAGGCCCGAGACGAGGAAGCACGAGUUCCGUCGGUGCUCCGUUUGCGGCGCCGUUAACUACUGCUCGCGCGCGUGUCAGGCGCUGGACUGGAAGAUGCGCCACAAGGCGGAGUGCGCGCCCAUGGAGAGGUGGGUUGAGGAAAACGGUAACGGUAAUCCUAACGGGGAAAUGGAGGUUAAUGAUGAGUAUGAAGGAAAUGCCAUGGUGGUGGAGAGUUAGCGGUAACGGCGAUGGAUGGACAAAACGGGGACUGUGACUGUGACUGUGACGGUAACAGCACUUGAGUCUUUUUCUUUUUUGAAGAAUGAUAAUGGUGAGAGAGGAAAAUUCCCAACCAUUUUUGGUUGGAAAUUAUAACUGGUAGGAGUACAACUUUCCUUUUUCCUUUUUAAAUUUUUUUUUUCUCUUGGGCCUGUUGGCUGUAUAGUGAAAGGAGUAAUUAGGAACCUUUAAGAGGGCCUUUCUUUUUUCUUUGUAAAAUUAGAGAAAGAGAAUUAAUUAGCUGCGUUAAUUAUCAGAAAAUUAAAGACUUUUAUUUCUUGAAUCAGAAUAUUUAACUC